AUGCGAGUAUCUUCAGUCUUUAACCUAAUAGCCCUUGUGGCGCCAGCUGCGUUUGCAGCCACAUUACCAAACGAGAGGUUACACCUGGAGGGACGGAAGCGAGCAACGCGAUUCGAACCCUCGCGACCAAUAUCCUUCGACAACUCACGAUCAGCCUCCGAGCUCAGAAGGCGGCAAAGUGGAACGGUCGACAUAACUUUCGAUGCGCUUGUCACCACAGCUUGGGGCGAGAGUGUAUCAGUUGUUGGCUCGAUCGAUGCAUUGGGUAGUUGGGACUCAGCAAACGCCAUAGCGUUGUCGGCAGAUCAAUACACAGCAGAUGAUCCGCUAUGGAGCGCGACAGUGAGCCUUGCAUCAGGCACGAGCUUCUCAUUCAAGUACAUUCGCAUUGGCGCAGAUGGAGCCAUAACAUGGGAGGCAGAUCCUGACCAUUUCUACACUGUCGGUAACAACGCCGCAACAAUAUCAGACACAUGGCAGCAAGCCUCAUCCACGACGCCCACUACGACAGCAACAUCUACUGCACCAACUCCAACAUGCACCAACGGUCCAACAUCUCGAGGCUGCUGGAGCAACGGUCUCAGCAUCGAGACCGACUUCGACGAGAACUGGCCAACAACAGGACGAACCGUCUCCUACGACUUCACCAUCACAAACACCACCCUCGCCCCCGACGGCUUCGAGCGUCAAGGCUUCGCGAUCAACGGCCAAUACCCCGGUCCCACAAUCUACGCGAACUGGGGCGACAUGAUCUCCGUGACGGUCCACAACGAAAUGCAAAACAACGGCACAAGCAUCCACUGGCACGGUCUACGCCUCUACCAUUCCAACGGCCAAGACGGAGUCCCCGGCGUGACAGAAUGCCCCAUCGCCCCAGGCCGCAGCAAGACGUACACCUUCCAAGCCACCCAAUACGGCACCUCCUGGUACCACUCCCACUUCUCCUCCCAAUACGGCGACGGCGUCCUCGGCCCUAUCGUAAUCUACGGCCCAGCAACAGCAGACUACGACGAAGACCUCGGUCCCUUACCCAUCACAGACUGGUACUACCCAGGAAUCUACGUCGUCUCCUCCCGCGCAAUGCAUCAAAACGCCCUCGCCCCCACCGCAGACAACGGCCUAAUCAACGGCACAAUGGUCUCGACCUCAGGCGGCGCGUACGCCCAGACGAUCCUCAAAGCAGGCAAAAAGCACCGUCUCCGCCUCAUCAACACGGCCGUCGACAACCACUUCCAAUUCUCCCUCGACAGCCACAGCAUGCUCGUCAUCGCCGCCGACUUCGUGCCCGUCGUCCCCUACAACGCCUCUUGGGUCUUCAUCGGCAUCGGCCAGCGCUACGACGUAAUCAUAACCGCCGACCAGGAACCUGCAUCCUACUGGUUCCGCGCCGAAUCCCAGGAUACCGCAGGUUGCGGGAGCAACUUCCAGAACGGUAACAUUCUCUCCAUCUUCUCUUACGAAGGAUUCGAAUCCUCUACGCCUGAAUCUACGGCAACCGCGUAUACGCAACGCUGCACAGACGAGACGGAAAUCACAUCCUACUGGAACUCCUACAUCCCGCGCGGCGAAAUCGUCUCCCCGAGUUCCUUUGCACAACUCGAUACAGCAAUAAACCAAUCCACCCAAUCCGACGACUCUAUCAACCUGUUCUGGCAAGUCAACGGCUCCCCCCUCAAAGUCGACUGGUUGCAACCCACCCUCAAAUCCCUCCGCGACGGCAACGACGCCGCCUGGCCGAGGUCCGCCAACAUGAUCGAACUACCUAGCGAGGGACAAUGGACGUAUUGGAUUAUCACCGAGGGCGUUGGGAGUCCUUUCACGGUGAAUAUUCCGCAUCCCAUACAUUUGCACGGACACGAUUUUUAUGUUCUGGGUUGGGGCACGACGGGGUGGACCGACGACGACGCGGCGGGUUUAAACUACGACAGCCCUAUCCGUCGCGAUGUCGCCAUGCUGCCGACCAACGGCUGGGUGGCCAUUGCGUUUCAAACCAAUAAUCCCGGGGCGUGGAUUAUGCAUUGUCACAUCGCCUGGCACGCGGACGAAGGUUUCAGCGUGCAAUUCCUCGAAUCCAAGGAUAGCAUGCUCUCCAUCGACCCUUUACCAUCCGAUUUCCAAUCACAAUGUGAUGGGUGGGAUGCGUACUACCCCACUAGCGCGGCGUAUUUGCAGAGUGAUGGUGGGAUCUAG